AUGCCCAUAACCUUCUUCAGGGAAGAUCAUUGGGUGCACAUCCUUGACCCCGGGUCUUACCCGCUGGUAGUGUGCCCCACCAUUGAUAGAGUCAUCCUCUCUAAGGUGCUAAUCGAUGGCGGCAGCGGCCUCAACAUCAUCUUCACCGAGACCCUGAAGCACAUGGACUUCAACUUUGAGCGGCUUCUUCCCUGUGAAGACCUAUUCUACGGCAUAGUACCUAGCAAAGAAUCCUAUCCUAUCAGGAGAGUCAUUCUGCCAGUCACGUUCGGCACCCCCAACAACUACCGCACUGAGCACCUCAUCUUCGAGGUUGCCAACUUCAAGACCUCCUACCAUGUCAUCUUUGGCAAGCCAAUGCUGGUGAGGUUCAUGGCGAUCCCCAACCAUACCUACCUCGUCCUCAAGAUGCGGGCUCCAAACGACGUCCUCUCCAUCUUCGGUGAUGUUGAAAUGUCCUACAAGUGCGACACGGAAGGCGUGCAGCUCGCUGAGACCCUUGAGUACUCAGCCAAUGCCACCAUGAUGCUCACUAAGUCCAAGAAGGUGGACCAGAGUUAG